AGCGCCCCGGCUCUUGCCGAACAGCUCUUGACAGAAUAACGCGCGUGGCUGUCCCCACCCCUGGGAGGGGUUGCCGGUGCCGCGAGCUGCCUCCCAGUUUUGCAGCGCUCUCCCCUGGGAGGAUCUGCCGCCGGGAAGGAGUGGAAGCCACCUGGCCGAGGCGCACAAGUGGCUCCGGAGGGAGCCGGCGUGGGGUCCGCAGCCUCGUGUCCCCUCUUGGGCGCGGCGAUCGGAGCCCAGGCGCAGCCCGGAGCUUGGUGGCAGUGGGGCCAGGCGCACCGCGAUUUGGGGCUUCUGCUGAGCGGUCCCCCCGCGCCCCCACGGGGUCCUGCAGCCCGGAUCCACCGGCUGGAAGCCACGGGGAACCGCUGCCGCGGGCUGAGGACUAACACCGUCCCUCCGGAAAGCGGGUUCUGCUAUGACAGCUGGGCUCCCCAAGGGGUUAACCUGGGUGUCCUCGGCAAAGUUGUCGCCCAGCCGGGAGCCCGUUUAGGGGUCACAGCGCCGCGGCUCGGGGGCCGGCCCGGUGGCCGGCGGCGGCCGUGGCUUGGCGGGACCCGCGCGGCCGGGGGGCUUCUGGGGGUGUGCGCCCCCAGCCGGCUGCCCUCGUGGAUGCCUCCCGGCGGCGGCGGGCCCAUGAAAGACUGCGAAUACAGCCAGAUCAGCACCCACAGCUCCUCCCCCAUGGAGUCGCCCCACAAGAAGAAGAAAACCGCGGCCCGGAGGAAAUGGGAGGUGUUCCCGGGGAGAAACAAGUUCUUCUGCAACGGGAGGAUCAUGAUGGCUCGGCAGACCGGCGUCUUCUACCUGACGCUCGUCCUCAUCCUGGUCACCAGCGGACUCUUCUUCGCCUUCGACUGUCCAUACCUCGCUGUGAACAUCACCCCCGCCAUCCCCGUGGUCGGCGGAAUCUUGUUCUUCUUUGUGAUGGGGACCCUGCUUCGGACCAGCUUCAGUGACCCGGGUGUCCUCCCUCGAGCCACUCCUGAUGAAGCCGCAGAUCUGGAAAGGCAAAUAGAUAUCGCCAAUGGCACCAGUUCAGGGGGGUACCGCCCACCUCCCAGAACCAAAGAAGUCAUCAUCAAUGGCCAGACUGUGAAACUAAAGUACUGUUUUACCUGCAAGAUUUUCCGUCCCCCUCGGGCCUCCCACUGCAGCCUGUGUGAUAACUGCGUAGAACGGUUUGACCACCACUGUCCCUGGGUAGGCAACUGUGUGGGAAAAAGAAACUACAGAUUUUUUUAUAUGUUUAUUUUAUCCCUGUCUUUUCUGACAGUCUUUAUAUUUGCAUUCGUUAUCACCCACGUCAUUCUUCGGUCACAGCAAACGGGGUUCCUCAACGCCCUUAAGGACAGUCCGGCGAGUGUGCUGGAGGCUGUGGUAUGCUUCUUUUCCGUCUGGUCCAUCGUUGGCCUCUCAGGUUUCCACACGUACUUGAUCAGCUCCAACCAGACAACAAAUGAAGACAUCAAAGGGUCUUGGUCCAAUAAGAGAGGUAAAGAAAAUUACAACCCCUACAGCUAUGGAAACAUCUUCACAAACUGCUGUGUCGCCCUGUGUGGCCCCAUCUCCCCCAGCCUAAUCGACAGAAGAGGAUACAUCCAGCCCGACACACCACAGCCAGCAGCGCCAUCCAACGGGAUCACUAUGUAUGGGGCCACGCAAUCACAGAGUGACAUGUGCGACCAAGACCAAUGCAUUCAGAGCACCAAAUUCGUUUUGCAGGCAGCAGCCACCCCUCUGCUUCAGAGCGAGCCGAGCCUCACCAGUGACGAGCUGCAUAUGCCUGGGAAGCCAGGCUUGGGCACCCCGUGUGCUAGCUUGACACUGGGUCAGCCCACGCCACCCUCCUCCAUGCCCAAUCUUGCCACCGAGGCCACGCUCUCGGACAUUAUGCCCCUGAAGGAUGAGCACGGGGCCCACCAGUUUCUGACCCCAGACGAGGCACCCUCACCACCAAGGAUGCUUGGGGCAGGCAGCCCCCUGACACACAGCCGUACCAUGCACAUGCUGGGCCUGGCCAGCCAGGACUCUCUGCACGAAGACUCCGUGCGGGGCUUGGUAAAACUCAGCUCCGUGUGACCUGCAUGGCCAGCCCUGGGACCACAGAUGACAAACAAAAAGAAAACAAUGGACACAGCCAAGUGAACAUUUUGUUUGGAGUCUGCCCGUUGGGCCCGGGGAGGGAGGAUCCUCCUCCUCCGGAGGGACCUGGAAUUGGAAGAAGCUGCGUGGAUGCAGCACCCCCUGUCGGCUGCUCUUGGGACAGACGCGAGGAUGAUUUUCAACAUUGGUGGCCAGACUGAGAUUCACUUAAUGUGACGCUACUAAUUGAAAUCGACCCGCCGUUCCAUUUGAUCACUAAGACAAAACAAAACAAAAAUCCUAAAGGGAAAAGCCGAGCAGACAUGGGUUUGCAUGCCACACAUGUGUCACAGUGGUGGUAUUCCAGAAGGUGUUCCCCUUCCUUUCGUUCUUUUUAAUCCUGUGAAACCACUCAGAGCGACAGACUGAGCCCAUGGGCGGGUGAUGCCAUCCUGCGUGGACUUAGCUGUAUGCGGAUGGACGCCCCCUUCUGCAGAGGGCUGCUGGGGUCCGUGCCGCGGACGGAUAUUUAACCUUCUGUCAGCGCUUAGAUGGGGUGUUGUAUGUACCACCGUUUGGCAAUCCUCGCCUGCUGUGUAAUGAACUUCCUGUGGACAGCCAAUAAAAUGACUCCUCUGCUA